AUGUAUGAUAGUGCCAUUGAGGGUCAAGCCACGUGGGUUCACCUGAUCCUGGAUGGCACGGUUUCGGAGCUACAGCCGGCCGUCAUCACAGAGUUUCGCGCUAUCCGAAUUUCGCGAUCCUCAAGUUUCGCGUUUAGUCCUAAAUUCUUAGCAUGUCGAGUCUCGUGCAUUAUCACCCGAGUUUCGCGCUGCUUUGGCAAGUAUCGCUCACAUUUACCCACCGUUACCGUCACGCGUAUACACGAGGCUGACAUCGCCCUGGGUCCCUUCGGCCUCACCUACUCCAGGUCACGCGUAGUGGACUUCACCUCGCCCAUCCUCAUCGACUACUACCGCAUCCUGGUCCGCCGCCCCCGCUCAGAGCCCGAUCCCCUAGGCUUCCUCCGGCCCUUCAGGUGGCCAGUGUGGGUGGGGCUGGUGGUGAGUCUGGGUGUGGCCGGUACGGUGAUGUUCUUCUCUCGUUGGUUCGUGAGACACCACUACAUCAGCGCCGGCAGCGGGAAGGGGGCGCUGACGGAGCUCAUGUCGCAGUGGUGGGCAGCGUACGGCGCCCUCCUUUCGCAACCUUCGGUCCUCACCCAUGCAGCCGUGGGUGGGUGGACUGGCUCGUGGGCGGGGUGGCGGGUGGCGGCGGGGGCGUGGUGGGUGACGGCGCUGGUGGUGGCGAGGUCCUACAGCUCUGGCCUCACUUCCCUCCUUGCCGUGAGAACCGUCCCCGUCAGGUACGACUAUUUGACGCAGGUAAUCGCCGACAAGCAGCUUCACCUGGUGUUCGAGAAAGCUACAGCCCUCGUGGAGCACAUGUCGACGGUGCAGCGCGGGAUCUACAAGGAGCUGGCGGAUACGAGGCAGCAGGACCGGGCACACUUCCUCGCCUCCUCUGAUCUGUACAAGGCGGCUUACCAGGAGGUGCGCAAGGGUAGCCACGCUCUGCUGGUAGAGGACACCACAUGUAGGAAGGUUUACUCCGAUGAUUUCACGAAGUAUGGUCAGUGUGACUUCUACAUCGGCAAGGAGCAGUACUGGCCGCUCAUUUUCAGCCUCAUCGGGCGCAAAGGGUCGCCGCUCAUCCCAGUCAUCAGCAAUAUGCUAGAGCAGAUGGUUGCCCACGACCUGUACUUCAAGUGGCUGGGGGACGAGCUGCCCAACGCCACAGCCUGCCUCAGGGCCAGCACGCGCGUAACCGUCAAUGAGCCAUACUCCCUCAAGGGCCUCUGGGGUGUGUUCGUGCUCUUCGCCGGGGGACUGUUGGGGGCCGUCACCGUGCUGCUGUGCGAGGGACUGGCGCUGUCCCUCAACACUGCCACCAGCUAACUACUAUUGUUACUACUACUAAGAUUCUUCGCUGCUGCUUCUAGGAUUUUAUUAUGAAAGGGUAAGAAAAUGAUGCUUACCAAACG